AUGGUGAAAUUCUCCGGCUUGGCUCUCUCCCUUUUGUUUGCGAUUGUCAGCGCUGCUCCUAAUUACACGAUUCCAGUUGAGCGAUGCAUCAGUCCCAAUGGCUUCAACUCCUGCCAGAGCCAGGUCAACAGUGUAGCGCAGAACUGCGAGUCCACUGCAGGUGGUGACCAAGACAAGAUCGCAGCUUGUGCCCAGGUGGCCACCGAGUUUACACUGAACUGCGUGUACGAAGAUUGUUGGAACAUCGUCUACAGCUGCGAAGUCCAAGAACUGGCCAGCCUCGUCGCCCAGAAUUUCGGCGCUUCGAAUUUGUUAUAUUACCCAGCUCCCGACAACGCUCCCGGUCGAUGCUCCUGCAACCUCGAGUUGGUGGAGGAGGUCGUCGUAGGGUUGUUGGCAUCUCUGGGCAACUGCACAAACUCACACGCCGAUAAUCUUGACGGAUGUACCUGCUGUGCGCAAUCGGGUGCCUAUGCUGGACUCUAUGAAGUCUGCCCAUCGGUAGACCCGAAGAUUCUUCUCCAGACCUUGCCAGGCAUAGACACAUUGCUGGGUACAUAUGACCCGCAAUUUGCGAAUUGUGGACCAAAUCUUCAGAACCUGGACUGCGUCAAGGACUUGGGGUAUCCAGACCUUAAUAGCGCUUCACUAUCGUAUCUCACCGCGUUGCCAUCGAGCACAGGCACGGCGUCGUACUCGGAUCUCUCGGGCGAGCUGUCGUCGCCAACUGCCGCUGUCGUCACUUACGCUCCUCAAACGGGAGUCCCUUUGACUGCAUCGGCUGUGAAUGCUGAGGCUGGAGGCUCAGGCGGAGGCUCAGCCAGUACGACUGCCGCCAGUGGAGGCGGUGCUCCAAAUUCGCGGGCCUCCACCACUAAUGCUGGCGCUCUUGGACAGAGCACUCCUGCCAGUAAUGGAUGGUCAGCUACCAGCGCUGGGUCUGGCAGUGGUAGUGCUGCUGCCCCUUCCAGCACGAGUGGUGCUAUCAGCUUCAAGACUUUCUCAAUGAGCUCCGUGAUCGCCAUGCUUUUGCUGGUGGUAAUGUCUUCAUAG